CACCACAACCUCAACCACCUCCUCAACCACCACCUCAACCAGUAACAGCUCCCCAGACCCCCCCCCACGCCCUCCACCUCGCCCCGCCAUCUCCGGUGUCACCCUCCCGCCCGCUUCACCCGCCGGCCGCCCCAUGGCGCCGGCGGCGUUCGCCCUCUCCGCGCUCGGCCUCGCCGCGCUCGGCCUCGCCUCUCUCGCCGGCGCCGCGCCCUUCUCGGCCGCUCCCUGGAGCUGGCCGCCCGGGGUCUUCGCGACGAACCCGGCGGUUCCCGGGAUCGCCGCCGCCGCGUCGCCCAACUCGACGGAGCUGUGCUCGCUGUGCCGCUUCGCCGUGGGGUUCGUGGACGCGUCGCUGUCCCUCCCGGGCGGGGAGGACGCCCCUGGCGCGGGGCCGCCGCCUCCGUCUGCGAGAAGCUUCGCCUGCAGGACCGCCGCGUGUGCCAGAACGCGACGCAGCUCUUCAAGGACUACGUGGUCACGGUGCUGCUGCACUCCGUGCUGGACCCCGGCUCCGUGUGCGGGCUCCUCCUGGGCCCCGGCUGCGGCCGCCCGGGACCCCCCGCACGCCAAUUGGAGCGUGCGGCUGCCGCCCGUUCCCAAGCCGCCCGUGCGGCCCCCCCGACCGCCGCCGCCCUCGGCGCCACGGGACUCGGUUCUCUUCAUCACGGACGUGCACUGGGACCGCGACUACGCCGAGGGCAGCCAGGCCGAGUGCGGGGAGCCGCUGUGCUGCCGGCGGCAGGACGCCCCCUCGCCGGGUCGGCCCGGGGCCGGCAAGUGGGGGGACUACAGGGCGUGCGACGUGCCGCUGCGCACCGUGCAGAGCAUGCUGGAGCACACGCAGCGGGAGGGACGCGGCACGGGGGUCACGCACGCGUACUGGACCGGCGACAUCCCUGCGCACAACGUGUGGGAGCAGACGGAACAAGACCAGCUGCAGGCGCUGACGACCGUCACGGAGCUCAUCCGCAAGUACCUGGGCAACACCACAGUCUACCCGGCCGUGGGAAACCACGAGAGCUCGCCCGUCAACAGCUUCCCACCGCCCUCCGCGCCCGGCCACCACUCCUCCGCCUGGCUCUACGAUGCCAUGGCAAAAGCGUGGAGUCAUUGGCUGCCUAGCGACGCGCUUGUCACUCUACGGUUUGGCGGCUUCUACACGGCGCUGGCCAAGCCGGGCCUGCGCGUCGUCUCCCUCAACAUGAACUUCUGCUCCGUGGAGAACUUCUGGCUCGCCAUCAACGACACGGACCCCGCCGGGCAGCUGCAGUGGUUCGUGGAUGUCCUGCAGGCAGCUGAGAACAACGGCGAGAAGGUUCACGUCAUUGGUCAUAUCGCACCGGGGCUGUGUCGCAAGACCUGGAGCUGGAACUACUAUCACAUCAUCAACCGGUACGAAUCCACCAUUGCUGCCCAGUUUUUUGGACACGUGCACACGGACCAGUUUGAGAUGUUCUACGAUGAGGAGACUCUGAGCCGGCCGCUGGGCGUGGCGUACCUGUCACCCAGUGUCACCACCUACUGGGAUCUAAACCCAGGUUACCGUGUCUACGAGAUCGACGGUGAUCGUAAAGACAGCACUCGCGCCGUACUUGACCACCACACCUUCUACCUGGACCUGGAAGAGGCCAACCGCCUCGACCGGCCCACGUGGCGCCUCCUCUACUCGGCCCGCAAGGCCUACGGGAUGGAGGCCCUGGGCCCCGCCGACUGGGACGCGCUGCUGCACCGCAUGCAGGACGACGACGCGCUCUUCGCGAUCUUCUGGUGGCACCUGCACAAGGGCCACUCGUCCGAGCCGUGCAUCGGGAUGUGCAAGGUCGCCAUGCUGUGCGCGCUGAGAUCCGGCCGCUCGGGGGACCCGGAGCAGUGCGCGCACCAGGUUCGGCCCGAGCAGCACCAGGUCCUCCUGCGCAUCUGGAAGGAAACCGUCCGCUGCUAGGCCGAGGAGCCGCGCUCGCUGGCGAGCGGGCCGCUCCCUUGCAGCACCAGCGCUCGUCGCGUGCGUGGUUGGUGCCAUUUCAGGGUUGGGUGAUUUGCAGCUCCAAGCUCCUCCCUCCACUUGGUUGACACGCAGGUUUACAUUCAAGUCUCUACAAGCUUUGUCUUCUCAUCCUUCGGACUCGAAGCCGAAUUUUUUUGCACAGCUCUUACUGGCAGUGGUUGUUUCGAAUGUUUGGAGUGGCAAAGUCCAGUCGGAUGAUAUCACAGUGCCCCCUGAUGGGGGAGCGUGCCUAAGCGGCAAGGCAGCCACAUCUCACACAGAUUCCAGACGUCACAAACAUGGCUUCUAAGAGCUGCCUUCUGAUUGGUUCCACAUUUGGUUGCAUUUCAAAAACAUUGGGGAAAUGUCAGUGGUUAAUGAUGAAUCAACGGCAUGUGAAAAGGAUAUUAGGCAUUCUAGAUUUGAAGCUUUCGUGACCGCAAGGAUUCAUACGCUUUGGUUUUAUUCGGUAAAGUCACGCAGGUAAAACAAAUUAAAAUAAAUUAAAAUAAAAGAAACAAUUAAAACACGA